AUGGGGGGGCUGGAGAAAGGAGAACAGAGGACGAUAGAGAGUCAGACAUGGGGGCUGGAGAAAGUAGAACAGAGGAGGAUACAGAGUCAGACAUGGGGGCUGGAGAAAGGAGAGCAGAGGAGGAUACAGAGUCAGACAUGGGGGCUGGAGAAAGUAGAACAGAGGAGGAUACAGAGUCAGACAUGGGGGCUGGAGAAAGGAGAACAGAGGAGGAUACAGAGUACAAAGGAUGGAUGGCAGUUCAGACCCCCACCCCGGGGUGUUACCAGCAGUGAGGAGUAUACACUAUGUAAGAGGUUCCUGGAGCAGGGGAUAUGUAGGUAUGGAGCGCAGUGUACAUCAGCGCACUCCCAGGAGGAGCUGGAGGAGUGGCAGAAGCGGUACGCCUCACGCCUCAUUCGUCUCAAGCAGCAGAAGGAAAACAAGCAAUGUUCAGGAAGCUACAUGGAGUCCCUGAUCGAAAAGUGGAUGAAUUCAUUGUCACCAGAAAGAGUGCUCAGUGAGUGUGUGGAUGGAGUGCACGUGGAGUACAGUCCGGACCUUUCGGUUACAGUCACCAACAAAAAGUCUCAGCAGACAUGGACGUUUCUCCUGACAUGUAAGCCUGCGAGGACACUUCAGCGUGUUGCUCUGCUCUACGACGCUCACAGACCUCACUUUAGUAUUGUGGCAAUAUCCGCCGGAGACGGUAACACGCAGGUGCCCCAGGAGGUGCCCGACAGCUGCCAGGAAUGGGUCGGGGAGAAGAUGUCUCAGAACGGCAUGGACCAUUGCUUGUACAAAGUGGUCAUUACCUUCACCACAGAGAUAUUCGGAACCUUCCGGCAGACUGUAGUGUUUGACUUUGGCGUGGAUCCGGUCCUGAUGCAGAGGAUCAUGGUGGACGCCGCCUCUACAGAAGAUCUUGAAUACUUGAUGCACGCCCGCCAGCAGCUGCUAACCACCGCCAAACGCUGGGACUCCAUGUCUAAGACCAUCGUGGAGUUUGAGCCCAAUGAGACUACUGAGCUGGAGAGGAGCCUCCUGAGCCGAUACCAAAUCCCCCUCUCUGCGGACCAGCUGUUCACCCAGUCCGUCCUGGACAAGUCCCUGACCAGGAGCAACUACCAGGCCCGCCUGCACGACUUGCUGUAUAUUGAGGAGAUCGCACAGUACAAGGAAGUCAGCAAGUUUAACAUCAAGGUUCAGCUGCAGCUGGUGGCGAGCUUCAUGCUGACGGGCGUUUCCGGAGGAGCCAAAUAUGCCCAGAACGGUCAGCUUUUUGGCCGCUUUAAACUCACUGAGACACUUUCUGAGGACACUCUGGCCGGCAGACUAGUGAUGACCAAAGUCAACGCCGUGUAUGUGCUGCCCGUCUCCAAGGAGAAAUCUCCACAGAGCCAAGGAAGCAAAGAGAAGGUGUACGAGGCCGUGAUCGAGGAGAAGACCAAGGAUUACAUCUUCCUGAGAAUAUGCAAGGACUGCUGUGACGAGCUGCGACUGCGGCCCGACCGGGAGAUGCAGGUGGAGCUCCAAUUCCAGCUGAACCGGCAGCCGCUGUGUGAGAUGCACUAUGCCCUGGACCGGAUACGGGAUAAUGGAAUUCUCUUCCCAGAUCUAAGCGCAACGCCCCCCAUACCCUGGAGCCCCAACAGGCAGUGGGACGAGCUCUUAGAUCCCCGGCUGAACGCCAAGCAGAAAGAAGCCAUCUUGGCGAUCACCACCCCGCUCUCUGUUCUGCUGCCACCCAUCCUAAUCAUUGGUCCCUAUGGAACCGGCAAGACUUUCACCCUGGCCCAGGCUGUGAAGCACAUCCUAAAGCAGCCGGACACCAGGGUCCUCAUUUGCACCCAUUCUAACAGCGCCGCCGACCUCUACAUCAAGGAUUAUUUACAUCCAUACGUCGAAACAGGGAAUCCACAGGCCCGGCCACUCAGGGUAUAUUUCAGAAAUCGCUGGGUGAAGACGGUGCACCCGGUCGUCCACCAGUACUGUCUGAUCUCCAGCACACAUUCCACCUUCCAGAUGCCACAGAAGGAAGACAUAGUGCGGCACAGGGUUGUGGUGGUGACCCUCAGCACAUCGCAGUAUCUCUGCCAGUUGGAUCUGGAGCCUGGCUUCUUUACCCACAUUCUAUUAGAUGAAGCAGCACAAGCAAUGGAAUGUGAGACCAUCAUGCCUCUGGCCCUGGCCAAUAAGAGCACGCGCAUCGUACUGGCCGGAGAUCACAUGCAGCUCAGUCCCUUCGUGUACAGCGAGUUCGCCAGAGAGCGGAACCUCCACGUGUCGCUGUUGGACCGCCUGUAUGAACAUUACCCCGCCGACUUCCCGUGUCGGAUUCUGCUGUGUGAGAAUUACCGCUCUCACGAGGCCAUCAUCAAUUAUACGUCUGAAUUGUUCUACGAGGGAAAGUUAAUGGCCAGCGGCAAACAACCAGCCCACAAGGACUUCUACCCGCUGACCUUCUUCACCGCCCGAGGAGAGGACGUGCAGGAGAAGAACAGCACUGCCUUCUACAACAACGCCGAGGUCUUUGAGGUGGUAGAACGCGUGGAGGAGCUGAGGAGGAAAUGGCCGGUGGCAUGGGGUAAGCUAGACGAUGGCAGCAUCGGAGUGGUGACGCCCUACGCCGACCAAGUGUUUAGAAUCCGGGCCGAGCUACGAAAGAAACGUCUCUCAGAAGUUAGCGUGGAAAGAGUGCUGAACGUUCAGGGUAAGCAGUUCCGCGUCCUGUUCCUCAGCACGGUCCGCACCCGCCACACCUGCAAACACAAGCAGACCCCCAUCAAGCGCAAGGAGCAGCUUCUGGAAGAUUCCACCGAGGAUCUCGACUACGGCUUCCUGUCCAACUAUAAACUCCUAAACACCGCCAUUACUCGGGCCCAGUCACUGGUGGCCGUGGUGGGAGACCCCAUCGCAUUGUGCUCUAUCGGAAGAUGCAGAAAGUUCUGGGAGCAGUUCAUCACCAUUUGCCACGAUAAUCGGAGUCUUCACGGAAUCACCUUCGAGCAGAUCAAAUCCCAACUAGAGGCCUUAGAGUUAAAGAAAACGUAUGUCCUGAACCCGCUGGCGCCAGAGUUCAUCCCGCGGGCGCUCCGGCAACAACAGACGGCAAAUGCCGCCAAACAGCAGCAGUCACCGCCAAAGGGCAAAGGUCAUCACAAUCAGAGCGAGCACUUUCAAGGAGAUGGAAUGGUUCAGCCCAAUCCAUCAGUACUCAUUGGCAAUCCCAUCCGGGCGUACACCCCUCCCAUGGGUCCACACACCAACAUGGGCAAAUCCCCCAGCCCUGUGCAGAGGAUAGACCCCCACACUGGCACCAGUAUCCUCUACGUACCCGCCGUCUACGGGGGCAACAUGGUCAUGUCUGUGCCUUUACCUGUUCCGUGGCCCCCCAACUAUCAGGGUCGGUUCUCUGUGGACCCCCGACUCAUGACGCACCCAGCCAUGGCCUAUAACGUGAACCUUCUCCAGGGCCACGGCCGCGGAUCUCCCAUCCCAUUUGGGCUCGGCCACCAUUCACCAGUCAACAUCGGCCAACAGAUCCCACACACCGAGAAAGAGCAACACGAGCUCAGCCGCAAUGGUAAAAGCGAGAACAAUCCAUCCGCUGAGAUGAAUAAGCUGCGGACCCCCGAGAAGAAGCCCCUGGACUGCAAAGCGGUUGACUUGGACCCAAAUGCACAAACGCGGAGUCCGGAGUCCCGAGCCAACCUGGCCUUCCCCACCCCGAAAUAUCACCGCAAAGAUAAUCCCAAUCAGAGGCCGAUGAACAUCCACCUGACGCCCCCGCACCCGCAGUACCCCAUGCCAAGCCGUCACUUCCCACACGUGUCCCCCCUCCAGCGGCCGCAGUUCACCCUCCAGCAGCAGCAGAACCUCCUGUCCCAGCAGAACCAUCUGUCUGAUCUGCAGAACCAGAUCCCCCCUCCCCCGCAGGGGCCCGUCAUCCCGCAGCAUAACCAUCUAAUGCAGCAGCCUCCCCCGCAGGCCUCACAGCUGUCCCCCGCCUUCCAGGCCAACCCCAGCCAGUCCUUCUUCAAUAACCCCAUCCCCCACCGGCCGCCAUCGCCCAGUGUGGACGGGAUGAUCCCGGAGCAGCCGCCACCGCCGCCACAGACCAUUCUGCAGGACGUCAAUAACCCGCUGCGCUCUGUCACCCAUAAUAGUCAGUUAUUGUCAUCGCACCUCAACACCUACAUGGAGGACGGGCCUCAGGCCAUGAGCGCCGGGGAGGCUCUAGAUCGUCUACACAAUAACGUGGCGCUGGAGACGCUGAGGCAGCAGCAGACCAGGAUACAGCAAUGGAACGAGCAUAACGCCUACCUGAGCCAGGCCAACCUAACCUACCCGCACCACCCCCAUCUACAAGCAAUGGGUCUGGCCCAGCAGCAGCUCAUCCGGCCUAACUGGAAGAUCCCAAAUAGCGGAGAGGAGGAGCCGGAGAUCACCUAUUCCCGGUUCCAGGAGUUUCUUCGGGAACUUUCUCAGCACGAGCAGCAGGGCGGCGAUAGUCGAGAUGUCCCUGAGAUGCCCCCUCCCCAGUCCAGAUUGUUACAGUACAGACAGGUGCAGCCCCGGAGCCCACCAGCACUCGCUUCCCCCUCCUCCAACCACAGCGGACACUUCCCCAACUUCAGCGACAACAGCCGAGACAUGGACAUAAGUAACAACCCCGCCUUCCCGCAGCACGUGGCCAACGUGUACAACAGCCCCUAUACCAUGCCCUCAGAACACAUGACGCCCCCUCCACCAAUGAAAUACCUGCAACACGAUGGGUCCUGGGCCUACGCCAACCUGCAGCAGAAUCCAUUAAUGGGGCAGGGCUUUCAUUACGGUAUGCCCCCUCUACAGCACAGACCCCCGCAUAACCCCUUCAUCCAUGUACAGAACCACCAGCCCCCCACUGGGCAGGAAACAUUUCACCCCACCGCCUCCCGCGCAGUCUCCGCCUCUUCACUCCACAAUCUAGAAGAGUAUGAACCAAGAGGACCCGGCCGGCCGCUGUACCAAAGAAGAAUCUCUGCCAGCUCGGCGCACCCAGGUUCAGAAGAAUUAGCCGCUUGUCAAGAACCCCUCGGUCAGUGUAAAGAAAUCCAAGACCCCAACAAACCCCCCUCAUAUAACUAUUCAUCCCCCGAGCUCUGGGUCAAUGCCGCCUCCUCAGUCCCGUAUCAGAACAUUCCGUGCAAUGGCGCCAACCCACCAGGAGCGCCCCGGGACAUGUUAGUUGCUCCGCAGAAAAUGGUGAAACCCCCUGAGGACCAUCUCAAGGCGGAGAACCUGCAGAUGUCCAACUCCUUCAACUACAACGUUCUGCAGCAUCUGGGCCAGUUCCCACCCCUCAUGCCCAACAAACAGAUUGUAGAACCCAACGGAACCGGAUCCGCCCCACAGAACGCUGGCGCCAACAAGCCCACCAUGUCUUACGCUAGUGCCCUGCGGGCCCCACCUAAACCCAAGCCCCCACCCGAACAGGCAAAAAAGAAUAGCGACCCCUUGUCUUUAUUUCAGGAACUUAGCUUAGGGAGUUCAUCAGGUAACAAUGGCUUCUAUUCCUAUUUUAAGUAGACCCCGCCCCUCACUUUUUGCCUUUUUGUGUUUUUGUUUUUAUAUAUAUAUAAUUUUUUUUUUUUGUUAUUUUGUAGAAAAACCCUGUUUUAGCUUUGGUUAUUGAGUAAACUAUAGCCUCACUGUAAUUUUAAGCUAUAUUGCCUAUUUUUUUGUUUUAUUUUUAUUCUAUGUGUGUGCAUAAAAAAAGAAAGUGUUUUUGCGCCUUUGUCUUUGCAUCUUCGGCCGUUGUGCGCACUCAGAAUUUCCAUCUUGCAAUCAGAUUCAGUCUCAAUGAUCCAGAUUAUUCCGUAUUUACGAUAUAAAUUAUUUUUAAUUUAUAAUCUGAAAAAUCAAUUUUUACAAAAAUGAUGGUAGCGAUCAUCGCAUGUUUUCUGCAAAAUUAUACUUUGUCGCGGACACACAGACAUCGGUGCAAACACGUCAAAAAAAAAUUAAAAAAAUGUAAAUGAUGCGAAUGUAUAUUUAAGUAAUUUGAAUAUACAUCCGCCAGUAACAGUUUGUAGCUGUACAGCUAAAUCUGCAAAAUUGUUACAGAGAAAAAAAAAAAAAAAACCUCUCCCUACUAAAAAAAAAAAAAAAAAAAUUUUAAAAAAGGAAAGGUUUGUUUAUUUCCCCCAAAAUUUUACAGUGAGGCAGGCUUAUGACCGUUUUACGUAUAACAAGUUUUUUUACGUGUCAUAAAUGUUGCAUUACAUUUAUCAGCUUCGGCUAUAUAUCUUUAAAGGAAAAAAAAAAUUACAGAAAGAAAAAAAACUUAAAUAAAAAAAAUAAUUAUUAAAAAGUCCCCCAAAAAAAAAAGAAAAAAUAAAUAAAUAAAAGAAAAAAAAAAUAUUAAAAUUUUGUCAAAGUUGUAUUUAAAGAGAAAAUAAAAUGUAAGUAGUCUUUACAUUUAUUCAAUUGACAUUGGCAUCCAAUACUGGGUUUCUGUAGCAGAAAUAGCCAGUUAUUGUAAAAAGUCUAUUAAUUAAUGCAUUCAAUGGUUUUCGCUAUAGAUAAUUUUUUUUGUUUUUUUUAUUUUGUUUUACUAUUUUGUUUUUUUCUUACUAAAACAUCCAUUAAUUUUAGUUUUGUCAGCAAUGUGGGAGACCUUUUUAGAAAAUAAAUACAGAAGCUCUUUAGCCUCGAACUACAAAAUUUUGACUGGGAUUUUUUAUUUUUUUUUCCUGUGUUUGCACAGCCGCAGUGGGCGGAGCCUGUGUCAUAAGAGAUGGUGAUAAAAGAGGCUGCGUUCCCUUAUCAUGGGAUUUGUACAUUUAUUGGAAACAUUUUUUAAUUUUUUCAGAUGGUACCAAGCUGCAAAUUGUAUAGCAAAUAGUUUUAAUCUGAGAGGGAAAAAAAAAAAUUGGAGGGGGAAGGCCUAUGCGAUAAAUACGAAAUAUAUUUUUUUUUUUAUUAUUAUUGUAUUUUUUUUUUUUUUUUUUUUUAGCAUGUACUUUGCCUGUACACAGUAAUUGGAUGCAAAAAAAAUAAAAAAUAAAAAAAGAAACUACUAUUUUUUUUUUUUUUUGUAAUAUUUCAUUUAUUUUUUCUUUUGUACUCUUAGCUUGGGUUUGUUACUCUCUACGCAUACCUCUGCGAGGCGAUACAUAGGCGUACAACACCGAUUUCAGUACCGAAUAAUGUGUCCACAUUUUUAAUGUGUGAAAACAGGUUAAAAAAAAUCAGAAAAAAGUCUAAAUAUAACAUACUAAAAAAAAAAAAUUAAAAAAUUUAAGAAAUAAAAAAUAUGUAACUUAAAAUAUAAAAAAAAAAAUCAGUUUUGCAGUUUUCUUUUUCUGGCCAGCGAUGUCAGACUCUUUGCGUGUUGGUUGCGAUGAUUUGAUAGAAUUUUUUUUUUUCUUUUUGUAACCGGAUCAUGAAUGACAAGAAUAAAAAUGUUUUUAGGUCUGUUGGUGCCCAGUAGAUUUAAUAUCUAUUUUACAAGAAGCAAACAGUGUGGAUUUGGUAAAGAUUCUUGUUUCUUUUCACUAUGCAUGCUUUAAUGUUUGUAAUCCGGCUUUGACCUCCUCCUCCUCCUCGUCCCCGCCUUCAAUGAUAUUGGGGAAAAAAAAUAUGAAAUUAAAAAAAAUAGAGAAAAAAAUUAUCAAAAAAAAAUAUUUUUUAAAUUUAUUGUUUCGCUUCCAUUUUUUUUUCUUUUUUUUUUUUUUUUCCAGUACA